AUGAUAAACGGAACAGCCUAUGGUUUCGAGAACUGCAGGCAGGCAGCGAGCAGUGACAACCCAGGCGUGGUGAUAGUGAUCCUCAAACCCAGGCUGCGGGUGAUCGAGAUGGCAGGCUUGUCUAGUCAGCACGUCGUUGCGGUGAAAAUCACGAGAGGCAGUGAUACGGAUGCAGUCACGGUGGUGUCGGCAUAUUUUAAGUACAACAUGCCGACCCACAACUUUAUUGCUAAACUAAGGACAAUACUCGAACGUGAAAACAGGACCAUAAUCGGAGCCGAUGUUAAUGGUCAUUCACCGCUCUGGCACUGUAACGACACGAACGACCGCGGAAGUCAGACGGUUGACCUGAUUGAGGAAUUUAAUCUCACAAUCGUCAACCGAGAAAGCGAGAUAACAACGUACAACCGAGAUGGCAUGGGCUCGUCGAAUAUCGAUGUAACCAUGGCGACACCGCGAACCGCGAACAUGGUGCGGGACUGGUCGGUUUCGGACGAAACCGACGGUGACCAUAACGUACUGUCAUUCUAUGUCGACCUAAGGACGGACAGAUUGCCGAGGGUGGUUUCACACCGGUACAACACCAAGCGGGCGGAUUGGGCCAAAUUCGCCUCAUGCCUGUGUAAUCAAAGGGCCAUAAUCGACAGAUCGAAUGUAGAUACUUACGCUCGGACAUUAGUAUGCGCAAUACAAAUCGCAGCCGCGGGCUCAAUGCCGAAAGCUGGCGCAGCAGACCGGAGAGCGGGCAAACAAUCCUGGUGGACGGCUGAACUUACCACCGCCAAAAAGGCCUUGGACCGCAUGAGGAGAUUGGGCCUCCAGAGAACGGAUAGACCGUCUUACAACCAAGCACGUAACUCAUAUGUAGCUCACAUCCGAUCAGCUAAGCUCGCAGCGUGGCGCUGUUUUGCUGGCGAUAUUAACGUCAACACGUGGGGAAAAGCGUUUAGCUGGGCGGUUCUAGGUCGAGGAAGGUACCCUCCACCAUGA